GCCUAUCUAUCGAAUUGGGUCUAAUCGACAUAAAGCUGUGACUAAUGCAAUAAUGCGUUAAUGCAUGUCUACUGAAUCCUCCAUUAAAGAGCAACUGUCGAGUGAAUGUUGAGCCAUUUUCUGAGGCUUUAAAGCCUGGUUUAGUUAAGUAAACCUGCCGCCGAGCAGGUUAGCUUCACUGCUUAAACUGCCAUAGUAACUAGAACGGAAACCUCAACACUGUCUCAACAGACUGAGGUUAACUAAACCCGAUUUCUGGAACACUCCCAGUUGCUGAAACUCGACACCACUUUGUGCCAUAUAUGACGUACGUUUGAAAGCUUUUCGCUCGCCAUUAAGAACAUGCAGUUUUGCAAGGCGUGAUUUACCGUAAAUCCGCGAUAAACGCCGCAUAGACACUCCAAAAACAACUUAAAUCAGAGAUUUGGUAUUGACUGUCUUAAAUGAAUUUGUUGCAUCUUAAGCAGAGAAGUGUGCAUCAGGGAGACAUGCAGUUUUUGGUGGUGACAGUUUGGUCUGUGUGCUGGCUCUGUUGCACAAUACAGGCAGAGAUCUUCACAUCAAUUGGCCAGAUGACAGAUUUGAUCUUUGCAGAGAGGGAUUUGGUUCACUCCCUGAAGGAAUACAUCCAAGCAGAGGAGGCCAAGCUUGAUGCUGUGAAAAGUUGGGCAAACAGGCUGGAUGUGUUAACUCUUGCAUCAACUACUGAUCCUGAAGCAUUUUUGGCUCAUCCAGUGAAUGCUUACAAGCUGAUGAAGAGACUUAACACAGAAUGGGCUGAGCUUGAAAGUCUGGUGCUACAGGACGCUUCAGAUGGUUUCAUCUCAAACAUUUCUGUGCACAAACAGUUUUUCCCAGAUGAGGAGGACCAAAAGGGUGCAGCCAAAGCUCUGAUGCGUCUCCAGGAUACAUAUCACCUGGACUCUGAGAGUUUCUCCAAAGGCAAACUGCCAGGUGUGCGCUACAAUGCUUUUCUGACUGUAGAUGACUGCUUUGACAUGGGAAAGACAGCGUACAAUGAGAAUGACUACUACCAUGCAGUGCUGUGGAUGCAACAGGCCCUCCGACAGAUGGAUGCUGGUGAGGAAACCAAAACAUCCAAGUCAGACAUCCUGGACUACCUGAGUUACUCCGUCUAUCAGAUGGGAGAUGUUCCUCGAGCCAUCGAACUCACCCGACGCCUUGUCUCUAUUGAUCCCAGCCACCAGAGAGCGGGAGGAAAUCUGCGCUACUUUGAGCAGAUGCUCUCUAGUGAGCUAAGGGAUAUGGACCAGACCAACAAGGAGCCUGAAGAGACGCCCAUUCAGCUGGUAACCUAUGAGCGCCCAAAAGAUUAUUUACCUGAGAGAGACAUUUAUGAGGCCCUGUGUAGAGGAGAGGGGGUCAAAAUGACUCAGCAGAGAUAUAGCAGGCUGUUCUGCCGCUAUCAGAAUGGGAACAGGAACCCACGUCUUCUGCUCAAGCCUAUGAAGGAGGAGGAUGAGUGGGACAGUCCACACAUUGUCCGCUAUCUGGAAAUGCUUUCUGACAAAGAGAUUGAGAAGAUCAAAGAGCUUGCCAAACCUAGGCUUGCGAGAGCAACUGUGCGAGAUCCAAAAACAGGUGUACUGACAACAGCACAUUACAGGGUGUCCAAGAGUGCAUGGUUGGAAGGAUAUGAAGACCCAGUCAUUGCACAUGUCAAUCAGAGAAUAGAAGACAUUACUGGUCUAACAAUGGAUACUGCCGAACUUCUACAGACAGCUGUCUGGUCUUCAUGUUGGUUUAUCCUUUUUACCAACAAAUGCAGUCUUCCCAAUUGUUUAAACAAUCAACAAUCUAACAGGGCACACCUGGACCACAAGAAGCACCUGUCAGUCACAUGUUCCAAGAAUUGGCCUUGCUGUUCCAAUACUUUCAGGAAGAACUGUAUGUAUUUCAUGAAAAUAUGUAUACUUGUCAGGUAUUUCCCCCUUGUGCUGAGAGCCAAGCUCAGCAUGCUUAAGCAACCGGCAGAGCGACAGCGUGCACUUCUGGGUUGGCUAGUUAUGCCUGUUUGCUGAUCAUCUGACCCUGUGUCUGUUUUUCACUAUGUGUUUGCGCUUCGUUUUUGGAUUUGUCUGCUUGCCUCUCAAUAAACGCUUUAUAUUGCAUCCAUCUACAGUCACAUUACGUGACAGAAUACUGCGCUUACAACAUGGAUGCAGCAGGAAGGCGAGAGGGGCGCUACACCGGGAUCACCAUGCCGGCAUUCAAUUCAGUCCACUUCCCCCAGACUUUCAUGUAUCCCCUUACCCCUUUGAUGGCCCUGAAGACCUUUUUAAAGGAUUCAUGCUGUAGACCCUAUUAUAUUUUUCCAGCCUGUUGAACCUCAAGUCCGAAGAGAAACAGUGGCUCAUAUUCUUGCUGUACCGGUUCACCAGCAGGGCCCAUCAGUGGGUGGAGCUUCUGGUCACCACGGGAACCAUAGGCCUGUGAAGCGUGGCUGAGUUCAUUUGUUUAAUGAGGGUGAUUUAUGGGAAGGGGGACUUUUGCUUCGAAUUUUUUGGGGAGGGCCAGCCUGUUGGACGAACCCGUUUGGCUGUUCAUCAGCUACUAUGAAGAGGCCAACGUGGUGGCCUCCCCUGUAGAGCUUCAGCCAGAGGCCAACAUGGCGGCCUCACCUCCAGAGCUCCACCCUGAGACCAACGAGGUGGUCUACCAUGACCUGCUCAAGCCUGAGACCGAAGAGGCGACCUCCCAAGACUCGCUCACGCCAGAGGCCAAUGGCGUGGCCUUCCAAGCCUUGUUCCUGCCACCUGACACAUUGGCGAACCUGUCCUAGCCCGCCACCUGACCUCGGUCAGCCUGUCAUUGACCCACUGCCUGCCUCCGGCCAAUAUGCACAAUGUCUGCUUCCCGGAUCCUCUGGGAGAAUCCAACAGGAGAGACAAUGCCUGCCCCGGGACCUUGGGUCUUUUGUCGAUAAUUUGCCCAGAGGGGCGGAACUGCCAUGGGAGAGCUUUUGUAUGCGAUUCGAACUUUUGUACACGAUCUGUCAGGUAUUUCCCCCUCGUGCUGAGCCCAAAGUGAAAAAGCGCUCAGCAAGCUUAAGCAACCAGCAGCGCGACAGCGCACACUUCCAGGUUAUGUCUUUAUGUUGCUAUGUGUGUUUUUGUUUUGGUUUCUGUCCUGUGUCUGCCCCUGUAUCGUUAUUUGAUCUUUCCCCUCACAUGCCAUGAUAAAUCUUACCUGUUCCCAGUUUGCCCUUGAUUAGUUUGUAUACUUAUACACCCCUCACCCCCCACCAUGUGUCUUUGUGCCUUGCGCAGUAUUGUUGUUCAGUGUUUUUGCUGCCUGGCUUUACCUAGCCGUUUUGUUCUGUGUGUUUGCUCCGGUUUUGACUUCUUGCCUGUUUCUUGAUUCACGUGUUUGUUUUGCUUAGUUAUGACUGUGUGCUGAUCGCCUGACCCUGUGCCUGUUUAUGAUCACCUGUUUGCUCUUUGUUUUUGGAUUUGUCUGCCUGCCUCUCAAUAAACGCUUAAUAUUGCACUUGCAUCCCUCUCCACUCACAUUAUGUGACAAUACUGAUAUGGGUUUUAUUUACAAUAUGAGCAGUAUAGCAUGAGGCUAUGGAUCCUGACUAUUAGUGUCCCCUGCCUCCUGGUAGUAAGCUACAUAUUGAAUAUCAUGAACAUAGCAAUGCAGAGAGUAUGGGGAAAAAAAACAUGCUAUAAUUUUAGUGGUUUGUGCUAGUGUACUAAUACUGAAUAGAACUUGUCUUAUGUGUAAGUGUUGAUGGUUUCAAAUACUACCAAAAUCAUUUUCUGGCACUGAAAACUUUCCUCAUACACACACACACACACACACACACACACACACACAAAUAAACUCCAUUGUGGCACAGCUUGAUAUAACAACAACAACUACUAUUACUACUACUACUACUACUACUAAUAAUAAUAAUAGUAAUAAUAAUAAUUAUAAUAAUCCAAUUUAAAAUUGCUUUUUAGGAUAUCAUAUCAUUAUUGUCUGGAUAGUAGAAAAUAUUUCUACAGAAUUUUGAAUGAGUUUCUAUCGUCCACCCCAAGUCUACACCUGAUUAUGCUCAUUUACAUCAAAAUAAUCUAUUAAGUCUGUAUAGAACAUUGUGUGCAUUUAAUUGUUUAGGGUUUUUGCUAUAAUAGAAUCUAGGUAGGAUGUUAAAAGAACACACUUACUAAACACUGCAUGAGCAAGGGUUUGUGGGUUUUUUUUUUUUGCUUGUUUGUUUGGUUUUAUGGUCAAAUUGGCUUCUUUUGUGGAGCAAAUAAUUGUUAUAUUAUUGGAAUAAAAACUAUGACUUUUUCAGUUAUGACCUUUUUCAUAAUAUGACCUAUUAUUUUUUUCCCGAAUAUAGGUUGCUAACUAUGGGGUUGGAGGUCAAUAUGAGCCACAUUAUGACUUCUCAAGG